AUGAGCAUCAUCGAAGAGUCUCCCAUAGCCAUUGCCGAGCCACCCUUCAACGAUGCUUCUGAUCUCGCAGAUCUGGUAAUCCGCACGUCUGACAACGUCGACUUCUUUGUCCACAGAGCACUUCUGUUGUUCAGAUCUCCUUCAUCUUUCUUUCGACAUGCGUUGGACGGGAACCACCAUACAGAGGAAAAAGACAGUCUUCCUGUGCUCGAGGCGAAUGAGGACAGCACCACAUUCAGACACGUCCUCAUCUUCUGCUAUCCGUACAACACUCCCGAACUUACAAGCGUCGAACAAUUGUCGGCGGUAGGCACGGCGCUUGACAAGUACUGUAUGGACCAUGCCUUCGAGCGUUUCAUCCAGACCGUGAUUGCGUCUCCUCACAUCAAACAGCAGCCGUUGCGGGUCUUUGCUGUGGCCGUCGCCCACGGAUGGAAGGAGUUGGGAGAGACAGCAGCCAGGAAUUCUCUUGGUAUACCUCUUGAUGGAGACGUCAAGGAGCUGGAUGGCAUCAGUGCCCGUCAUCUUCAGCGUCUCCUCAAUUACCACAAGCUCUGUGGGGAGGCCACCCAAAUUCAGUGGAUGUCUUGGCUUGCAGAGGAACAAUCUGAAAUUCUGCAGAAUAUCCCCAGGCGCCAACGAUGUUCGAAAAGUUUGCCCAAAGUCCCGACGAAUGAUGAAUUCUAUUCGUAUCGUUGGUUGAUUAAUUCGUAUCUCCAACCGGUGAAGGAGAAGAUGCUGGUAGACCCCCGACCGCAGGUAGCAUUUGAUGAUGGUAUUAUUCGUGAAGCCAUCCUAGCGAGCAUCAGGGAACGCAACACAGACGCAUGGAUCAAGGCUGCCUCUAGUCAUAUCCACAGGCUCGCGCAGUUACUGGCGACGGAAGUCGAUAGGCGUAUUUCAGAGCUUGUUCCACACGCGUCGUCAGAGAUCGAUAUUUACAGCAAGUACCACCUGCCUAAUGACCGCCAUGGUCUUCAAUUUUCCUUCCAAUCUGAACUCUGUCUGUGUCUUCUUCGAGGGCGGCCCUUUGACGCUUCACCAAUGACUAUUACCUCGUCGGCCAGUCUGUUGUUGCACGUCGCACUAUCUGACCCGCCCUAUCUUACCAUUCACUGUUUCUUUUCCAUGAACAACGUUAUCCAGGACCAGGUGAUACCGUGCCAGAUGCGCCUGACGAGUGACUUCGGAACACCUGUGUACUUUCUCAGGGUGGUAUCUAGCAUGCACGAGCCCGUCAUUCGCAGGUCCCGAUAA